AUGGUUACAGCAGCCAACUCGACGCUCUGCAACGCGCCGACAUCCUUCACGCCGAGAGGCGUCUCCACAUAUAAAGCCGUAGACGGCGGCUUAAUAGCACAUCACAACAUUGCUCGGCUUCUACUGCUGUCAGCUACAAGUUUUCAAGUAUACUUCCGCACCCAGCCACCUCGUGCCUGCCCGGGCUGGCUGGCGCAGGUGGCCGGAGUCGCCGACUGCGGCAACACGACCGUCCUCAAGGAGUGCCUGGACCAGGUGCCCGCCGUGCUGGGCGAAGGCGGCCGCGGACUGCCCACCUCCAAGGACGACCUCACCAAGUACUGCAGGGGCUUCAAGACGGGCAUGUCGUGCAUCGACUCUUACUCGCGCUGCAUCGACGAGCCGAUGCGUCGCCUGUUGGACGAACAGGUGGCGGCGGCGCGCUACUUCUUCAUGUUCCUCUGCGACGACCCCGGCUUCCGCGAAAGGUACCUGCAGUACAGCCGCUGCUACUCGACUGUUUCUGACGACUGGGACUCGUGCGUGUCGCGCUUCUCGCAGCUGGUCAACGAGGAGGUCACCCGGCAAUCUACCAGCCAGGCGCAGCGCCUCAUAGAGCUCUGCUGCGCCAAGUACGGCUUCCUGCAGUGCGUGCUGUCGGCGACGCGGCUGCGUUGCCAGCGCCAGGAGGCGCUGUUCCUCCACCGCAUCGCCGAGACGCUGUCGACGGUGCACGUGUACUCGCCCGUCUGCCACGAGCUGGGCGGCGCCACCUGCAGCGCCGCCGCGCAUACCCCCACCACCAGGGGCGCCGCCCCCGCCUGGCUACUGCCGCCGGUGCUCUACUACUCAGUCUCCGAAUUCAUUUGGGACUGAGAUGUUGAGUCAGUUCAUUACUGCAACCACCAUGCUGGAUAACAAGACAGUCAUACGUCAACAUUAUGUACCAUUGAU